AUAACCAUAACCAUAACCAUAACCGUCCCAAUUCCCACCCUUGUGCCAUAACUCCUUGACUCAAACUUGCAAUAACACAGAGCACAGAGACUCGUGCGAUUCACCGUGAUGAGCUCCCACCGCAAGAUCGCGAUCGCCGUGGACCUAAGCGACGAGAGCGCGCACGCCGUGAGAUGGGCCGUGGAGAACUACCUGCGGCCCGGGGACCACGUGGUGCUCCUCCACGUGCGCCCCACGAGCGUCCUCUACGGCGCCGACUGGGGCUCCAAGCCCAUUCCAUUCCCCAAUGCCCAAAAUUUCGACUCUUCCCCUCUCUCCAUGGAGGCCUCCCAGCGAAAGCUGGAGGACGAUUUCGACAAUUUCACGGCCACCAAGUCCACGGCCCUGGCCCAGCCCCUGGUGCAGGCCCAAAUCCCCUACAAAAUCCACAUCGUGAAGGACCACGACAUGAAGGAGCGGCUCUGCCUGGAGGUGGAGCGCCUGGGACUCAGUGCCAUGGUCAUGGGCAGCCGAGGGUUCGGGGCUUCCAAGAGGACGGCCAAGGGGGGUAGGCUGGGCACAGUCAGCGACUACUGCGUGCACCACUGCGUGUGCCCCGUCGUCGUCGUGCGCUUUCCGGACGAGAAGGAGGACGGUCAUCCUCAAGUCGGGAAGAUCGCUGACCAGGUGGAGCUUCACCCCGUACCCGAGGAGGACCACGAAUACCAAGACGCUUCGGACGAGCCCAAAGAUGCUUAAAGAGUGCUCCGUGUGAUGGCAAAGUCCUCCUGAGCUCAGAAGGUGAUAAAGGCAACUGGAAAUAGUGGAGGGUGCAAUAUGGAGACAAAAUGUGACGAAUGUGAUGGAGAUUUCUUCUUGGUGCAUGUAAAAAUGGAUGGUACGUAGUGGCGUUUUUGGUGGCUGUCUGUAUGUUCUUGUCAAUUGCAUUUCCUCAAUAUGUAGUGUUUGGUGAAUUGAUGGUAUAUAUGUAAUUAUGUAUGGUGAACUUCUUUGGGGACUGCAGUUACUGUCUUGUAUAGGAACCGGUUUUUGUUUAUAACUUUGCAAAGCCAUUUCUUUACUA